AUGCAACAGCCGCGCUGGAACCCGUCAGUGAACGCCGCCUCGAAAGCCAAGCCUGCCGCCGAGCCAAUGACGGUGGGACGCGGUCGAGCAGCGUCGAUGGCCACCGGUGACCAUCGCUCGCACACAAGCCAAGAGCAAGCGCUAGCAGCCUUGCGCGCUGUGUACGAGGCGCACCUUGCGGUGCUUGAAGACAAGUUGAAAGCAGAGCAUGAAGCGGCGGUUCUGGCGCUCGAGUCCCGCUUGCGGCGCGAGCAUUCCAAGAAGCUCAUGGCGCUGGCUGCCAACUGUAGCCAGGUCACGAUGCAGCGCGACCAGUACCAGAAGCGAGAAGAAGCCUACGUGCGCCGGAUCGUAGAGCUCGAGUUCAAAAGUACCGUCCAGCGCGAGGCCAUCAAGCAUCUCCAGCGCACCCUUGACCAGAUCCAAGCGAUGUCGAGUUCGUAG